UCUUCCCCCUCCAAUUCGUCUUAUCCAAGUGACCUAAGGUUUAUGAAUCGCCUCUUUAUUUUAAACGCAUCUCCAACCACUCUCUGAAUCGCCCGUCGCAGCUACCUUGCUUCUCUUUCGCUCGUUCAUCGAUCUGUAAUUAUGGGUCAGAUCCUUGCGGUUGUACAAGAAAAGUUCCACGGGAAACAAUGGAAGGAGAAGCAGAUUCGGAAGAUAACCGAUCGGGUCUUCGACCACAUCAGAGACGAGAGCUCCGACUCCAGGGACGGCCUCACCUUUGAGGACGUCUACAUCGCCGUCCUCUGCGUCUUCAAUGACAUCAACAAGCACCUGCCUGGGCCCCACCACGAUCCGCCCACCAAGGACAAGCUGAGAUCCUUGAUGAAGGAAUACGAUGUUAACCUUGAUGGGCUACUUAACCGCGAGGAGUUUGCAGAGUUCAUUCGGAAACUGACAGCUGAAACCUUAACUGCAAUCAGUCAAAGUCUUAUAAUUGCACUUAUAUUGGCUCCAACCAUCGCGCUGAUGACAAAGAGGGCAACCGAAGGAGUGCCCGGUGUGGGUAAAAUGGUGCAGAAGCUUCCAAAUUCCAUCUACGCUUCCAUCAUUACCCUUGGGGUGCUGUUAGCCCAAAAAUCCACGGAGGGUUGUGAAUAACCAAGUCAAGAAUUUCUACAACGUCUUUCUAAAAAUAAGUUUAGGUAUGUCGAAGUGUCGACACUAUCUCUAAGAUUUGAUCUUGCUGAUUUUUAAUUAGCCAUUACAGGAGAUUAAGCAACUACGACUUGACUGUCUUAAUUUCUACCUGUUCCUAUAAAUCUGCUGUAAAUUGAGUGCGAAUGGUCCAUUAUAAAUAGACGCUUAUAUUCUAUUCCAUUAUAAAAUUGUGAUCCUGCA